UCUGUCUCCCUCUCUCUCUCCUCCUGAUGGCAAAAGGCAGCUGUUUGCUUUUCAUGUGAACCACACAGAGAGAUCGCUGUUUGGAGAUGUGGUGCAACGAAGAAACCCUAUAGACACACAGACAGAAGGCUAAACCCGAUGGAUCUAAAGCCACCAGCCGAGGAUGGGGUCAGCAACCACCCAGCGAGCGUGGAAGCCUUUGCCAACACGUCCACCCUGCAUGGCAUCAGCCACAUCUUCACCUACGAACGGUUUUCCUUCAAGCGCAUCAUCUGGACCUUGGCGUUUCUGGGGUCCUUGUCGUUCCUGGUGCACACCUGCACUCAGAGGAUCCAGUACUACUUCCAAUACCCUCACGUCACCAAACUGGACGAGAUCAGCGCCACCAACAUGACCUUCCCAGCCAUCACCAUCUGCAACCUCAACGAGUUCAGGUUCAGUAAGAUCACCAAGAAUGACCUCUACCACGCUGGGGAGCUCCUGACCCUCCUCAACAACAGGUACGAGAUCCCAGACCCCCACCUGGCCGAGCGACACAUCCUCGAAGCCCUGGUGGAAAAGGCCAACUUCAGGAACUUCAAACCCAAACCUUUCAACAUGAGGGAGUUCUACGCCAGAGCCGGCCACGACAUGAAGGACAUGCUCCUCCACUGCAUCUUCAGGGGAGAGUUCUGCACCGCGCAAGACUUCAAGAUCGUGUUCACCAGGUACGGAAAAUGCUACACCUUCAACUCGGGGCAAAUCAAGGACCAGCCCAUCCUGACCACGCUCAAGGGGGGAACAGGCAAUGGGCUGGAGCUGAUGUUGGACAUUCAGCAGGAUGAGUAUCUCCCUGUCUGGGGAGAGACAGACGAGACCUCCUUCGAGGCGGGAAUCAAGGUGCAGAUCCACAGUCAGAGUGAGCCGCCUUUCAUCGACCAGCUGGGCUUCGGUGUUCCUCCCGGCUUCCAGACCUUCGUUGCCUGUCAGGAGCAGCGGCUGAGAUACCUGCCCCCACCUUGGGGUGAUUGCAAGUCCACGCCAAUGGACUCGGACUUCUUUGACACGUACAGCAUCACUGCUUGCAGGAUCGACUGUGAGACCCGGUAUCUGGUGGAGAACUGUAACUGCCGGAUGGUGCACAUGCCAGGUGAUGCUCCGUAUUGUACGCCGGAACAGUAUAAGGAGUGUGCAGACCCAGCCCUUGAUUUCCUGGUGGAGAAGGACAGUGUCUUCUGCACGUGCGAGACACCCUGCAAUAUGACGAGAUACGGCAAAGAACUGUCCAUGGUCAAGAUCCCCAGCAAAGCCUCAGCUAAAUACCUGGCCAAGAAAUACAACAAGUCUGAAGAUUAUAUUGGGGAGAAUAUUUUGGUGCUGGAUAUUUUCUUCGAGGCUUUGAACUACGAGACCAUCGAACAGAAAAAAGCUUACGAAGUGGCCGGGCUGUUAGGUGACAUCGGGGGGCAAAUGGGUCUGUUCAUCGGGGCCAGCCUACUGACCAUCCUCGAACUCUUUGACUACGUUUACGAGGUGCUAAAGCACAAGAUGUGCGGGGUUUUGCGAAUGGGAAAGCAACAGAAACGAAACAACAACGACAAAGGGGUCACACUGAGCCUGGACGACAUCAAACGCCAUAAUCCGUGCGAGAGCCUGAGAGGACAUCCCACCGGCAUGUCCUACACAGCCAACAUGCUACCUCAUCACCCGCCUCGCAACACUUUUGAGGACUUCACCUGCUGAUGGCGGUGACUUCACAGUCAGAGCCGCCACAACCACACACUUAUCUCACCGGUCAACCAGCGAGAGGGGAGGGAGGAAGGAAGGAAAACAAAA